AUGCUCAGUUGGUACCCGGUUCUGGGAUAUAGUGACGAUUCUAUUGUCGGUCAUCCCCGAUUUUAUGAUCUGACAAAAUUACUCGACAAAGCGGUCUCCAGGCUCCUACUCCGGCCCACCCCAUCAGAUGUCAAUUUAGAUUCUAUCUGUGUGCUUCUUCUCUAUGCCCAGUGGAUGCCAUGCAGCAAAGAGGGUGAAGAUGAGGAUUCUUUGCGCCCGAGUACCUAUGACGAACCCAAGACCAAAAGCCGGUACAACGAAAUCAGUGCUUGGGUUGUCUUGGGAUUAGCAGAGCGAUACUCUGCCCUACUGGGCCUCGAACAAUCAGCCACAUCACUAUUCAAACCCCCUGACAAGGUACCAUCCAUAGAGGAUGUGAAAAAGCUACGAGUGUGGUACAACUUGCUCACAUGCAACUUCAACCUCAUGCUUACAUCCGGUCUACCCGCAUCAAUUGAUCCUAGUCCAUCGGUCCAGGUGGCGUGGAGGUUUGUCUCUCAUGAGCUGAUGCAGUCCCCUGCGGACCUUCGGAUCUUGGUUUUCUCGUUUAGAGAAAUCACAAUCCCAUUACAAUCAUUUGCCAUUCACUUCGGCCCGGUGGUACCGACUCUCCCUCAAUUGUGCAUCCCUUGCACCACUACUUUCUUCCCCACGGCGCAGAUAAUAUUAGCACAAUCGAGCUUCAAGCCAGAUAUUGUAUUCUCGCUGGAUUCGCAGGAACUAUCUACCUUUCCCGGUGGGACAUACAAUGUGGAUCGUGCAUCCGUGAGUCGAUUAUACUAUGCGGUGGACUCGACCUGGAUUUCGCAUACGUUCGCUAUCAUCUUUUUAUGUCUUUGCUAUAUUCGGGGCAUCAUCGAUGAAAACCUACAAAUUUGCAGCGAAGACUCUAGUCAAGGGAAAGGGAAAUUAUGUACACGCCUUCCUUCCUCGUCUUCUUCGGUUCUCGCUCGACUCCUUCUCCUUGCGAUAGACAUCUUCGACAGUGUGUCUCUGGCCACAAGAUUCCAUUUUGCGCACGACUUCCAAGCCAUUGUUCACUAUACAGUUGCUUUGGUGCUAAUCUCUGAAAAGAACGAGCAGCAUAUCGAGGAAACGGAGAUUGAUGAUAUGGCAAUCCAGUCUCUACUGGAUUUGAUGAAUGAUUCUGGUGUUGACUGGGCAGGGAAUCUUUUCGGGGAGUCGCUUGAUUUCCCAGAGUUGAAUAUGGACGGGAUGCUUUCAUGA